ACCUGUCCUAGGUGCAUCCAGAGCCUGACCUGCAUAGGUGCCGAAGAUGGUUUUCACGAAGCCCUUCUUCACGUUUCUGCGGCCGUCCACACUCCCCUCCCUGAGGGACACUCUUCAGCCCAGCGGCACAUGCCACUCGCACCUCAGGCCACUGAUGAUCUACUGCACGACCUGCACCGACAGCCUCUGUGACGAGUGUCUCAUCCAGGGGGAUCACCACAGACACGCACUUGCCAGAUUCAAGGAUGUUCUCCAGAAACACAUUGAAGAGGUCACAAGGAGGUCCAAGCAGCUCACAUCCAGUCUCAAGAAGCAAGUUGACACAAAGACCAGCGCGGCCAAAGCCAAGACACAUGCUGAGGAAAUGUUUGAGCAAACCAGGGUGAACUUGGAGAAGCAGUACGAGGAGCUGCAGGAGCUGCUGGACCACAACAAGGAGCAGGCCUUCCGCCUCUUCUUGGCCCAGAAGGAGAGCCUGCUGCAGGGCCUGGACACACUGGUUCUGCAGGACGAGCAGAACCAGCAGACGAUGGCCAACAUGGAGCAGGAGCUGCUGCAGCUCAAGAGCAGCCUGGACUGUGAGAGCCCUGCUGCUCUGCUGAAAAUCAAGGAACUGGACACAAAGUGAGUAUCAGCCG